CUUGACCAGGUAAAGACUCAUAAUAGUUUCAAGGUGUUCUAUGUCCUAAAAUUUCAAAUUUUAAAAGUUAAAAAGGUCAAAUCCAAAAUUUCAUCAGGUAGGAUUUGAAAUAUUUGUUCGUAGAUCCUCUGGUUAUUGCUCUCUCUCCGAUAUAUUUGAAACUCCAUUGUCGAUGAUUCCCGGAAAAAAGCGAAGCAAAGUGCGAGAAAAGUAUAGCCAAAGUCUUUUGAUUAUUUAAAUUCCCUCUGAAACUUUCAAAUUCAUUUCUUUCUUAAAAAAUGGCUGCGUCAAAGAGAGUGAAAGCCUGUUAAUUGAUUAUCACGGGGAGAAGAAAUUGCCAAAAAUUUCCCUCUCCACUUCAUCUAAUCCUGGCGCCGGAAACGUUCUUCUUCGAGCUGAGCUAGCGAAACCCUAGAAGCUAGGCUUCGUCGGAGAAACAAAAUCCGAUGAGGACAAGCGGUGACGUCUACGGAGCAGGCGCUGCUUCUUCUUCGAAAAGUGAAGAAGAAAGAGGGUUUAAGGAGGAGGGCAACGAUUCCGCGAGCCCGAUGAGAAAUCGCCAAGACGAUUCAAAUCCACGGUCUGUCUCUCAGAGAUCCGCGAAGAGCUCGAGAAAAGAGGAAGAGGCUAGAAACUCUAACUCCGAUUCAGAUUCUUCUUCUAAGAACGCGGCCAGAAACAGCCCGAUUCAGUACACAGAUCAACAGCAUCAAGCCGAGCUUCUGAGAAAGCUUGACUCCAUAAAAGGUCAUCUUCUCCGUGGUGGUAAUGAUAAACCAAAAGACUCAGACCAGCCGCCAAUGGGUUUCCAUGGCCGUGGACCUUCUUACUACGCGAAUCCGUAUCCUGAGCCGUUCCCCUAUGGAAUGUAUCCUUCCACGAGUAACCCAAACCAUAUUCCACCUUAUAGAGACCCUUACGGAUUCCAAAUGCACAAGACACCUCAGAACUGGUAUCCAGGUCAUUACCCAAAUCAGAUGCCGCCUCGUCCUCCGUAUCCUCAAGGACAGUAUGUAGAUAUUGGUCCUGAUAUUCUUGACCCACAGCUACAAGAACCUAGAUUCUUUCCGGGUACACCGAGUAGGUACGGUGGUGAUGUCCCAUAUAGCCCUGUUUCGCAUCAUGGCGAGAGAACCGGACCGUUUAGUCCACAUGCUGGUGGCGUUCCCACGAGGUGGCCUAGCGAAAUUAACUCUGAAAUGGGCGGUGCUGCUUUUGCUCGUGGGUAUGUUCGAAAGGCUGUGUCGGAUACUGAUUCCCGUCGCUGCCAUCCUCUAGCAGGCGGUGCGCCUUUUAUAGCUUGUCACAGUUGCUUUGAGCUGCUCUAUUUGCCUAAGAAGAAGCUUCUUGCUCAGGAUGUGCAACAAAAGCUGCAAUGCGGUGCUUGCUCUGAGGUUAUCAGUUUCACAAUUCUUGAUAAGAGGCUUGUGUUCUCUUCUUCUGCUCUUGCGGAGAAGACUAACCGGGUUCCUGUAAAGGUUCAAGAUAGAAAUGCUUCAAGCGCAGUGGUAGAUGAAUGUCCGGUUAAGGAUGAGGAGCCAAGAACACACCGGGAAACCAAAAUUGUCCGGGAUGUAUCGCCUAGUGAACACUCAGAUGAUGAAGAAAGAUCAAGCGUUUCUAGCGAACCGCAAAAAGAGGUGGUCAAGUCUGUUCGCCGCAGAGUCAUCAAAGGCACGAAAGCUCCUCCUCCUCCUCCUCCUCCUUCUCGUCCUCCUCCUGAGAAUUCCAAUCUUCUUGAGCUCUUUGAGUAUUCUAAUGUGAACCGAGCUGCACUCACUUACGGAAUGGCGCAGUUAGGGUACAAUAAGCAAGUAUCCUACACGAAACAGGACUCGCUGAUACCAGAAUCAGUAGCUAUCGAGACAGAUGUUUCUUAUAAUGGUUACUAUGAUAACACUGAGGUGUCUGAAGAUUCAAGGACCUCAAAGACCAAUAAUAAUGAAGAGAGCAGACCAAGAAACAGAAAGGAGGGUAGUGACUACGGUUUCUCAGAUGUCACAAAUAAAAUCGUCUCUAACGACCAAAACAACGGUCUGUUAGAGGUUUGGGUGAAUGGGCAUCUAAUACCAGAAGAUCUGGUCAUCAACGCCGAGAAACAAGCUGGACCAGUUCAAGCUGGCAAGUACUGGUAUGACUACCGUGCUGGAUUCUGGGGAGUGAUGGGAAACCCGUGUCUCGGUAUAAUACCACCAUUUAUCGAAGAGUUUAGUCGUCCAAUGCCAGAUAACUGCGGUGCAGGAAACACAAGCGUGUUUGUUAACGGGAGAGAGCUUCACGAGAGAGAUUUCGAGUUACUUUCAUGUAGAGGUCUUCCUCGAGGCAAGAACCGUUCUUACAUCGUUGAUAUUUCAGGAAGAGUUCUCGAUGGAGACUCUGGUGAAGAACUUAAGAGUCUUGGCAAAUUAGCUCCAACGGUUGAGAAGGUAAAGCAUGGAUUUGGCAUGAGAGUUCCAAGAAACCUGGCUUCAUGAAACUUCAUCAGCUUGAUUCAGCCCCUGGUUUCAAUCUUCGCUAUGUAACUUAAAACUAAAUUGUGCUUUAUAUAACACACAUCAUCAGUGGUUACAUACUGACCCAAAACAACUUCUCUUUUCCUUUUGAAGCAAAAUAGAUUUUGGGGGGUUUUGUUUUUUAGUGUUCCAUUCCAUUAUUUUUUUUCUUGUUUUUGAAGCAAGCCAAACCGGUUUGUGAUUUUGGGUGUGGUUAAAUAUAAACCAUCUGGUUUUCUUGUGAUCUAAUGUAUGUAAAUUGAUCAUUUUUAUAUUGGGAAUUAAAUAAGUACUGUAUUUGUUUUGUUUUGGAUAAUCAUUAUUCUGUUGUUGAUCAAUAAGUUUUAACUUUUAACUAUUCAA